CAAUAAAUGAUGACAAUUUUUUCAAGUUAACUAAAUCAUUUAGUACACAAUAUGAAUUGGAAAGUUAAUUUGAACUGAUUAACUUUCUAAUCAAAUAAGGAAAGACAGAAAAUUGAGUUAAUUGUUACAAUGAUUAACUAACUAUCAAGGAAAACUAAUUGUAAUUUUACAACUAGAUUCAGCUGGUUACUAAUUGUUGAAUAUUAAUCACAAUCAGAUGAAAAUCUAUCAGUAUUAAUAAAAAUUAAAGACAAUCAAUUUAAUCAUAAACCAUAAAUAGUUUUUAAUUGCUCACACCUCCAAUGAUUAUAAAUCUAAUACAUGGUAACUAAAUCAACCACACACCUUUUUAAUUGUUUAAUAAAUAAUAUAUUGAUUCAUUGAUUAUCCUUUUAUUGUGAUUGAUUUAAUUAGCUGAUGUUUAUAAUGAUAACAAUUAACUUCCCUUUUGGUUUCUCAAUCUUACAAUUUGUCAUUGUUUAAUUGUAAAGAUUUAAUAUAAACACAAUCAAAUUAAUCAACAGUUAGAAAGUCAAAUAGUCACCACACCUACUUAAUUAUCAACAAUCAACAAAUAAUAUUGAUAAUUUAAUUGCAAUUAACUCACCAACAAACUGUAACAAUUAGUCAAUCUCAUCAUGUUGAGGUAACUUCCAUCAUUAGUUUCACAAUUAAAUUAGAUGGAAAAUAAUCAACUAUUGAUCGUGUUAAUUGUAAUUAAUUAAAUGAACUAAAUCACGUGUAAAUUUAACAAUUUACAGUCGAAGUGAAAAAAGUAAUUAAAUCUUAGAUUAUGAUCAUGAUUAAUUGUGAUUAAUUUGAUUUGGAUAAAAGUGAAAUCAGAACAUGAAACAUAAAAAAAAUAUUAUUCAUUAUUAACUAAUUGUUGAUCAAUGAUUAUCAGAGUAACAUAAAAAUGUCAAUCAAAUUAACUUUCACCAACAGUUACAAUUAGUCUGUUCAUCACAAUUAACUUGUGAAUAAAGAUCAUCACUUUCCUAAUUUAAUUGUGAUACAAAAUUUUACAUUGAUAAUGUUAUUUUCAACUCAACAAUUAACCACAACAAUUGUGUUAACAAUAUUAUCAAUUAUUGGAAAUUAUUUUCUAAUUGUUAAAGGGCAACAAUUAACUUCACCAUCAGAAUUGAAACUCAAAUUAGUGGCCAUUGUCCAUCGACAUGGUGACCGAUCACCUUUAUUUUUCCUACCUGGUGAUCCGUUUGCCGAUGACAUUUAUUGGCCUGAUGGUAAAUCGCAAUUACUUGCAACAGGUAAAAAUCGUCUUUUCCAAUUAGGUGAAUCACUACGAUCUUAUUAUGGUCACUUUUUGACGGACAAUCGUGAGGUUCAGUCUUAUAGUUCGGAUGCCAAUCGGUGCCUCGAAUCAACUUCAUUACUGUUACAUGGUCUUUACAAAGCCUCAGGGCGUUGGAAGUACAAUGAUCGGACUAAUUAUCUGCCAAUUCCAAUUCAUACUACACCCAAAAGUCAUGAUAGGAUGUUAGUUGAAGGUGUUAAUUGUCCAACUUUAAACAAGGAAUUACAAUCAGUCCUUGAUCGACCAGAGGCUAAAUCCUUUCUAACCAGUUAUUCAUCGACAAUCAAUGAGAUCUCAUCGCAAUUAGGGAUUCCAAUCAAUGAUUUAGGUUCAAUUCUGGGUCUUUAUGAUGUUUGGAGCAUUGAGAAAUCAGUUAAUUACAGUUUACCCUCUUGGUUAACUGAUCCAAUGAUGUCUGAUUUAGAGUCAAUGGUUGAUUUAUAUUCAACCAUUCAAAAUGAUUCACCAAUAAUCCAUCGCCUUAGGGCAGGUAAUUUUUUCAAAAACCUGAAACAAUACCUAAUUGAUGCAAUUUACCAGCAAUCAACUGACCAAUUACCUAAAUUGUUAACAUACUCAACUCACGAUACAAUGUUGGGAUCAUUUAUGUCUGCAUUGAAAGUAUUCAAUGGACGACGAGUGCCUUAUGGUGCAUCCUUGUUGAUUGAAUUGUUGGCUAAUCCAGUUAAUCAGAAAGAAAACUAUAUCACAAUUAAGUAUUGGAAUGAGACUUAUGUUAAUACUCAGCAUCAAUUAAGUUUACCUUUCUGUUCAUCUGGUCAAUUGUGUCCAUUGGAUCAAUUUUUAAAUUACAUUGAACAAUUUAUCCCAAUCAACUGGGAAUCCGAAUGUGGAUUUGAUCAAAGUCAACCCGAGAAAUCAACAGUCAAUCAAGUUAAUCAAGAAGAGGAUAAAGCUUGGAAAAUCAUUGGAAUCGUAACUGUUACCUGUUUAUCAACAAUUACCUUAAUUAUUUGCUUCCUUUUUGUUUCCUUUGUUUACAAUUUAUACAGAAAAUCAACUCACUUAAAUAGUGAUUCAAAUAGAUCUGAUCGAGAGAAACAAGAAUAUGAUAGAAUAUUGUAAAGUUUCAUCCUAAUUGCUAUUGUAAUUACUUUGUAAAUAGUAGACAAUCAUCAUCAUCGUCUUGUCCAGUUUUCUUUUCCUGGAGACUUUUUUACGAUACAAUCAAGUUCUAAAGUAAUUAAAUGUUGUAAAUCGCAAUUCUAAUGGAAA